AUGGUCCACCAGGACGCGAAAGAAGUGGCCGAGCUGGUCGACAGCCUGGAGACCGCCAGCAAACGAACCAAGGCAGAAGGAAAGAAAAACUUCGUCUGCAAGAAGUCUACCUUCCACGUGGGACCCUCUCAGAAGACCACGGUAGACUCGUGGAAAUUCAUGGAUUGGGACUACAAGCGCUCGGACCUACCGACCUACGCCCGCGGACUGUUCACGACGCGACGCAAGGACGGCACGCCCGAGAUCGCCGUGCGAGGCUACGACAAGUUCUUCAACGUCGACGAGGUCAACGAGACCAAAUGGCGGAACAUCGAGAUGAACACGCGGGGUCCGUACGAGCUCAGCGUGAAGGAGAACGGCUGUAUCAUCUUCAUGUCGGGGAUGGAGGACGGCACGUUAUUGGUCUGCAGCAAGCACUCGACGGGCGUGCGGACCGACGUGAGCGCCAGCCACGCACAGGUGGGCGAGCAAUGGGCGGAGAGACACGUCCAGGCAGUCGGGAAAUCGGUCAAGGACCUGGCGCAGGAGCUGCGGAGGAUGAAUGUGACGCUGGUGGGCGAGCUCUGCGACGAUAGCUUUGAGGAGCACGUUCUUGCCUACGAUGAAUCCGCGGCGGGGAUCUACGUCCAUGGGCUCAACUACAACGUGCCCCAGUUCGCCACGUGCCCCGGCUCGGAGGUCCAUGCCUUCGCCGAUAAGUGGGGCUUCAAGAAAGCCAAGUUUGUGACCUACGACGACCUCGACUCUGUCAAGAAGUUCCUGGAUCAGUGUGCGGAGACGGGGACGUGGGAUGGCCGCGAGACGGAGGGAUUCGUCGUUCGGUGCCAUAUGGGCCGCGGCGGCAAAGCCCCAUUUGAGGAUUGGUUCUUCAAGUACAAGUUUGAAGAGCCAUAUCUGAUGUACCGGCAGUGGCGCGAGUGCACCAAGGCCGUCAUUGCCGGAAAGGUCCCGAACAUCAAGAAACACAAACAAAUCACCGAAAAGUACCUUCAAUACGCACGGAGACGGCUUGCAGGGAACCUCAAGUUGGCGAGAGAAUACCAGCAAAACCACGGCAUCAUCGCGCUGAGAGAUGGCUUCCUGAAGGAGCAGGGGCUCAACGGGUCCGAAAUCAUCGCAAUGGAGCACGAGGCGCAGUCGCGGGAGGACGUCGACAAUGUGAUCAUCACUCCGAUUGCGUCCCUGGGAUGCGGCAAGACGACCGUGGCACUUGCUCUGACCAAGCUGUUCGGAUGGGGUCACAUCCAGAACGACAACAUCCCCAAGCAGAAGAACAAGGGAAAGAAGUUCUCGCUGGAUAUCACCAACACGCUCAACGAGAAGCCCGCGGUGAUCGCCGACCGGAACAACCACAUGAGACGCGAGAGACAGCAGCUCAUGGACGACAUCUUCCCCAUUCUCCCCAACGCCCGGUUCGUCGCCCUGCAGUACGUGCACGAACCCAAAGGCGAACUCCUCCCCGGCAUCCGCGAAGUCACUCGCAAGCGAGUGCUCGACCGCGGCGACAACCACCAGACCAUCCGCGCGGGAAGCAAAGACUCCCAGGAGAUCGUGGGCAUCAUGGAGGGAUUUCUCACCCGGUUCGAAGCCGUGAACACAGACCGCGGACCAGACAAGUACUUCGACCAAGUCCUCGACCUCGACGUGCGAGCCUCCUCGCGAGAGAACCUCGAAAUUGUCGUGAACGCCCUCCACUCAUUCUACCCGCAACUCAUCAAGCAAGUCCCCACAGCGCAAGAACUCGACGACGCCAUCAAAUGGGCAAUGACAGAGUACGAAGUCCAACUCGACCUCAGCCACCAAUACCCCUCAAACACCAAACAAAAGAACAAGCACGCCAACCCCACCACCACCACCACCCCAACAAUACCAACCAAACCACCCCCCACCCCCAACCCCAGAAGACCUCUCCAAAAAAAUCGAAUACUUCAGCAUAACCCUCCCGACCCCGGAAAUAACCACCCUCCUCCACACCCUCUUCCCCCCGGCACGGACGCAACCAAAUCCCGCACCUACCACCACCUCUCCAACACGCGCCGCAUCCAGCCCACCUUCCACGUAACGCUCAUCCACCGCGCCUCCAAACGCGACCACCCCUCAACCUGGGCCUCCUACACCCAGCAAUACAUCCAGCGCAUGCACAGCAAGCCCGAAUCCGACCCAACCAUCACACCCACCCUAGGCGCCGCGCGCGUGCGCCUCGAGCGGUUAGUCUGGGACAGCCGACUCAUGACGUUCGUCGCGCGCAUCAUGCCUCCCGACCACGCCGAGCAGGAGGCGUGGGUCUGCGCUAACGCCAUCCCGCACGUUACGGUCGGGACGGUCUCGCCGGACGUGAAGCCUAAGGAGAGUGGGGAUCUGCUGCAGCGAUGGUUGGAGGGUGGGUCGGGCGGGGAUACGGGGAUUUGGGAGGCGGAGAUUCCGGGAGUGAAGGUCGUUAGUGGAGUUGUUGGGGAGGUGAUGAGUAGGGGGAAGUAGAUAGUAUGCAAGUAAGUAGUUAGAUUAGGGGAGGGUUGAUUGAUUGAUUGAUUUUUUUUUGUGCAUUGUUAUGGAGUGUUUGUGUUGUUGCAGUGAGUGAGAUAGGGUAUAGGCAAGAGCAAGUAGGAGGGUAUUGCGUUG